AUGACUGUCUUCUAUUCUUUAGCGCAUCCGGAUAAGUGCAUCCUGGAGAACGUUCGUACAAUCGACUCGCUCACAGAAUCAUGCCAAGGUGCGCUUCGCGACUUCUACACCUGCUUAAUACCAGGCUGUCCAAACCAUCUUCCAUUUAAUGGAGUCAAUGUCCCAAGCCUUUUCAACUUUGCUGAACCCGCCUUGAACCAACCGACCCAUCUCCGAACUGCAAGGCCCUCUCAUAAUGUCUCUUUAUCUAGUCGAUCCGAUCUGGUUUGGAUUAUUUUCCCAACAGAUUUAUUUUCCUGGCACCUGACUAAUGGUCGCUUGGUAUUGCUUGCUCAUGCCGGGGACCAAAACUGUCGCUUAUUAGACUCUAGCUCUGCUACCGGCCUAACGUUAUACAGACCGUCCGUACCAAGUGGGCUUUCCGCUAACCAACAAUAUUAUACUGGAAAUACUUGCCAUGACGAUGUGUAUGAUUCUGUCACGAUUAAUAAUGGAGAUUCUUCAGAAUAUGUUAAAGAAAAUGAUAAUGAUGAUAAUGAAUAUGAUGAAACACCAGAGGAUAGUGAUGUCUUUGAUACAAGCCCAUGGAAUUCUGUUUUGUCAUCCCCCCAAAUAUAUCAGACCAAUAAGGACAUUUACAGACAAAAUUCGUGUGUUUAUUUCGCUGACCUGCCUCCCUCGUUCAGGGUGAUGGAAGGGUGUCAUCGACCGCUGCGACAACGAAAGUUCUGCCAGGCCUCUAAUACCUCUAACCCUGGUCCAUCAAGGUCUCCAUUAUUCCUAAUCAGGUUCGCCUGUGCAUCUUCAGUUGUCUAG